CCAUUAAUUUUUUUUUUGUUUUGUUUUGUUUUUCUGUCUGUCGUGGUGCUGCUAAUGUCAAAGAUUUUCGUCUCGUUAUCUUUGGCCAGCACGAAAAAAAAAAAAAAAGAAGAAGACAAACCGCACACAACCGGUUGCCAUACGUCCAAAAGCCAAGAGUGGUGGGUGAGAGCGUAACAGUUGUCCUUUCUUUUCCCCAACAGUCCGCCAGUUCCGGUCGAGAGCGGAUGUGUUGGCUGCUGCUGUGCGAAAGAAGACAUUGUAGUGCACACAAUCACGUGUGAGUCUCUGCAAACACAAAAGAUUUUCUUCGUUCUCCAGGCUUGUUUUGUUGUUCGUGAAUGGAGCGACGCAUGGAUCGUCGUGAACGAGAGCGGGAACGAUCCCGUCAAAGCAGUUCCACCGAUCGUGUCGACUUGGAUUCACGCACGCCCCUAGCCUGGCAACACCGCGAUUUCAAUUACCAGCACAGCGGUGGUAGUAACAAUCAAUCCAAUUUCCACGAGAGAUAUCCAGAAGGUGUACCGUCUUCCAGCUCGGAUCGUUUUUCUCACCCGAGUCUGGGUUCGCGAUCGGCUCGGUCUGCGGCCAUGGAGGAUGGCAGAGGACAGCGACAGUCUGAGAGCGGCCAACAGACGGGUAAGAGGAUGCACGGCAGCGUUCCAGCCGCCCGAGGUGGUGGCAAGAAAGCAUCGACUUCUUCGUCGACAGGAACUAGCAACCACACCGGAAUAACACCAGCAGCCGAAGGCGCUGGUGGUGGCGGCGGCAGACCAGGUAACCGCAACUCCGCUCGCCCAUCGCGUUCCAGCGAAGAAACAACGACCGGCUCGAGCAGCGAAACGGAAACAGACGCCGAGAGAAUGCAGACGAGCCGGCCAGGAACUAGUGGAACAUUGCGCUCGAUUCAGUCGAUGCCGUUGUUGACUCCGUUGCAACAGCAUCACAUGCAACAGCAACAGGCGAUUUAUAAUCCGGUUUUGGCCUCGGGCGGUAUAUACGGGGUGGUCGGAAUGCAUCCAGGAAUGAUGGCCCAAUCAGCUCAAAUACAGGCCGCUGCCGUGGCCGCAGCAACCGGAAAUCCGACAUGGAAUGGAGAACCGUGUCCCGUUCACGGUUCCGGAAUUCAUCCGGCUCACCAUCAGAUGCAGAUUGGACAUUACCAGACGCCUCAUGGAACACUGGCAACGUAUCAGCCGUUGUACAGUAGCAUGUCGAUGAAGCGUGCAGCUUCCAUCCACGAAAUGGCCAUGGCUACUCCACUGCCGGCCAUCAUGCCGCCUCCGCCGCCGCCCGGACCCAUUUAUGGAACUUUACCGCAUCCGGGUGCGGGUGCCCAUCAGUUCGUGAUGCCGCCGCCCAGUCACGAACAGCCUACACAUUUCGUCAUGAUGACUGCCCCGUCUUCCAUGAUCCACGGUCCACCAGCGUCAUCUCUCGGCGGGAGGAGAACACGUCACGCACAGGUGCGAUCCGGCGGGCCGGGCUCUUUGCCGCCCAUGCCGACAGCAUCGCAAAUGGCCACGAUGCAAAGACAAAGUCGUCAGCUGGUGGUCAACGGCAAAAACGGACAGCCGGAACCUUUGCCCGUCCGUCACGACGCGCCGCCUUUGCCACCCAAGAUUCCGCCGUCGGACGUCGCGUCGAAAACGGCGUCCAGGACGAGCACGGCCAAGCCGUUCAGCUACAACGCCUGUUGCAAAGGCAACGUCGUCGUCCUUUGGGUCAUUUUGGGCAUCAUCGGAUUGGGCGUCGUCCUGGCCAUCGUCUUCUAUUACGCUUUUCAAUAGACAUUUUUUGACGUAGCUGCCACAACCAAUCACAAUCGUUGCGGUAUUUCCUUUUCGUGUUCGGGUUGUUUUUUAAAUUGCGCGCCUUUUUUUUUUCUUGUUCUAGCAAAAACAAAUUUAAAUUCGAUGAUUACGAUCAAUCGGAGAUGGAUUAUUAUUGCGUCUAAUUUUACAGACUCACCUGAAUUGACAGGUGCGAUUAUCCCCCAUUUCAAUUUUUAAACUUUUCUCCUAUUAUUUUCAUUUCCAAUUUUUUCUUCCUAUUUUGCUUACGGCUCAACCGAUUUCCUUUUUUUUUUUUUUGAAUGACUGUAAAAAGAAAAAAAAAAGAAAAUAAAUACAAAACACAAAAAAAAAAAAGCAACGAACAAGAAACGAAAAAAAAAAAAAGGAAAAUGUUAUUCUGGAUGCAAAGGUCAGCAACAACAAUCCACUUGAUCUUACCUUCUUCAACGCAAAAAGUGUUGAAGAAAGAAGCCCCUCUGGCUUGUGUCGUGAUCCUUUGCACGAGAAAUAACUUGAAGUGUGUGAUCAUGUUUUGACUGUCCAUUAGAAACGUGCCCGUCUCUCUUUCCAACUGUGUUUUUUGUGUGUGUGUGUGCGUGUGAAUGUGUUUCCCUUUUUCAACAUCAUUUUAUUUAAUUUUUU